AAAUGGCACUUUAGUGUCCAAAUGGAGCCAAGAUUGGUUUAUAUUGGUUGACUGGGAGAGACUGGCUGUCAUCCUAGUCCUGAAGCGCCUAUGCUCUGGGGCUAUGGAGUGCAUGAGAAAGAGGCUCCUACUUUAUCUUUACUGUCUUAGGAACCUGGGAGGCAUGUGUUCUCUUUCUUGCAUUUGUUUAAGCCUUUGGAACCCUGGCUUUGGUCUGGGUGAGGGUUGUCCAAGGAAGGAGAGAAGCUGGGGGAGGGUUCUGACCUCCCUUUAUAAGGUGUUGCACUUCUUGAGCAACUAGAGUAAGCACACGCCCCCUACAGUCACCAGUGACUCAGGCAGCUGGGAUUCUUGUGGAAACAGGAUGUGUGAGCCCUGGCAGAGGAGGGGCAACUGGGUGGAAGGAUCCCUUUGUCAUUAGAACUCCAACAUUGAGGCUCCUCAAGCCUGAACACAGGUGGACAGGGCUAUAAGCAGACCAAGCCCUCCUGGCCAGGCCUAUACAGACUGGUGAGGGCCCCCGGCCCAAUCAGGAAAUGUCUACCUACCUCAAGACUGCCUUCCUAGGCUUAGAAAGCCUGGGCCCUCACUGGAAGGUUUUCUCAGAAAGGAGCCAAUCCAGAGAGAAGCCUCCUCCAGCCCCAGGGUAGGGGCAGGGCGUCCUAUAGCCACGCCCACUGGCGGGAGCUUUUGGCAGACAGAACCAAGUACCCAGACCAGUCGACCUACCCAGCCCAAGCUAGCAGCUGCCAUCCAUGGGGAACAGCCACUGCAUCCCUCAAACCCCCAGGAGGCUACGGGCCUCCUUUUCCAGAAAGCCCUCGCUCAAGGGAAACAGAGAGGACAGCGCCAGGAAGCUGGCUGGCCUGUUUGGCACCGAGGCUAGGCCUGAUGGGGACACCGCGGCUAACAAGAUCUUCCACUACAUACCCGGGACGGUGAGCGGAGGGGCGUGUCUGGCUGGAAUGGACAUCCCGGGCCUGGAAAAUCAUCCAGAAAACCUGGAACAGCCAUUCCUGAGUGUAUUCAAAAAAGGCUGGCGGAGGACACCUGUGAGGAACCUAGGCAAGGUUGUGCACUAUUCCAAGGUUCAGCUGCGGUUCCAGCACAGCCAGGACAUCAGUGACUGCUAUCUAGAGCUGUUUCCCUCUCACCUGUACUUCCAGGCUCAUGGUUCUGAAGGACUUACAUUCCAGGGGCUGCUACCACUGACGGAACUGAGCAUCUGCCUGAUUGAUGGGUCCAGAGAGCAUGCCUUCCAGAUUACAGGCCCACUGCCUGCCCCGCUCCUUGUUCUCUGCCACAGUGAGGCUGAGCUCAGCCACUGGCUCUACCAUCUGGAGAAGCAAAUGGCUCUGUUGGGGGGUCUGCGACGCUGCCACUCAGCACCCCCACAGGGUCCUCUGGGUGAUGAACUCCCCUGCACCCAGCUAUGGAGAGCAUCUGGGUGUGAAUCCAUGGGCAGUGCAAUCUGUGCCUCAAGGGUCAAGCUGCAGCAUCUGCCUUCCCAGGAGCAGUGGGACCGGCUUCUGGUACUAUACCCAGCAUCCCUGGCCAUCUUCUCUGAGGAGCCAGAAAGGCUUAGCUUUAAGGGGGAGCUUCCACUAAGUGCCAUCCACAUCAACCUAGAAGAGAAGGAAAAGGAGAUCCGUUCCUUUCUUAUCGAAGGCCACCUCAUCAACACCAUCCGUGUGAUAUGUGCCAGUUAUGAGGAUUACAGUCAAUGGCUGUUGUGCCUCCGGAGUGUCUCUCACAGGGAGGGGCCCCACACACUGCCUGGCCCAGAGAGUUUCCCAGGAUUACAUAGACCCACACAGAACCAGACCAACUCUAACUGUGUCAGCACUGGCCGAAAGAAAAUAGAGCUGAGGCGCAGUGCCAGUAGCCAGUCUCCCAGGGGCAAAACUCGAAGGGAAGUAUCUGGCUCAGCUGUCCCACUGCCCCUGCACCUCGACCUGACCAAGAUGAGUAUGCUAGACCUAGAUUGUGGCCCAGAGGCUCAGGAUCACUCUUUGGACAUUCCACACUCCCCACUCUAUGCUGAUCCCUACACACCACCAGCUACAUCUCACCACAAGAUUACAGAUAUCCAAGGCCUAGAUGAGCAGUUCCUCUGUGCGAUGCAGACAUCACCUGGACCUGAGCUAUCAAGCCCGUUCCCCUCAGUCUCCGUGUCUGUGCCUAUCUCUGACUCCAGCUCUGGAAUCUCCAGCUCCCCUGGGCCUCUGAGCUCCCACAUGCUCUCCAAGAAGGGUGCCCUGCAGUCUAGAUCUUCCCAGAGACACCGGGGUUCCAUCAAGAGCAGGGGACCACAGCCCUCGGAUUGCCCUCAGCUUGUCACUGCUGCCAGAGAAGAUGCACCCAAUUCCCUGUCGCCACCUCCAGAUGAAGAGGCUCCUAUCUGGAACAAGACUUCCUCUCCCUCCCACCAGAAGUGGCCACAUAUCAGGAAGCCUGCAGUAGAGGGGGGUUUCAUCCAGUGGAUCUGAUGGCCCCAGGUGGACUGCUUCUCAGUAAUACAACCAGCCAGCAACAACCUGGAUAAGAGUAUGCAGUCCUUUGACCUACACUAAACACUCCAGGUCUUAAACCCAGCAGGUUAAGGGUGUCUCUAAGGAGAAAAAGAAGCACCUUUCAGCAGGCUCAAGCUCCUCUGCCUUAGCAGCUAGAACAACUUCUCCUGGGAACAAACCAGGGAGGGAUGUCAGUGUGAUCCUGGAUAACCCAAGGGGCUGUACCUCUGGGGAAGAAAGGAUGAGCAUGCUAGAGCAGCUCUUUACUUAGAAGUGGAGAAAGCAUGAGUGUGAAGUACAGAGUGCUGAAAAAGUCAGGUUGUCAAACUCAGCAUGUGAAGUCAGAGGACAUAAGAGUCAGAGGUCAGUACGGUGAGAGCUAUUACAAGAAGCAAAGCUGUAUAGAAAGACGCAUUACUGUUGGGUGCAUAGGGUAAAGCUGGUCAGAAACACCAUAAACACCAUAAAUGAGAAAGAGA